CUCCUACCCGUGAUUUACCUUCCUCACUCUCUUUAAAGAACAGAAAGUGCAUCUCUUCUCCAUCCUUCUGUAGCGGUGUCUCUUGUCUGGUCGUCACCUUUGAAGUUAGUUUGUUGUCUGCUUGGUUGCUUUAUGCAUGUUUCUUUUUUUCUGUUGUGUUUUGUAUAUGUAGUUAGUUUGUUUGUAUACACUUUUCUACAUCUAGAACUUCAAAUUUUUUCUUCCAACCUUUACCCCAAAGUCCCCAUACCUUGAUUGUACUUUUAGAAUGGUUUGACUGCAAGAAGAUUUGUUAUUUGUUAUCGAUUCCUUUUUACCAAGCUAUUGAAUGUAAUUGUGAACUAAUGAUUCCAAAAAUCUUGUUUCCCAGGUUCUAGUGAUUCGAUACUUACCCCAUAACUUAUGACAUAUUGCACGCAACAGGUCUAUUCUCAGCUGAGCAGAAAAGGUAUGAGCUAGUGUUUUUGCUUGUCUUAUUGUUUAUUUCUUCAUACUUUACUGGUGGAGUGUAGAUAUAAAUUUCUGCAAGCUAUUUUGUUAGUUCUAGGCACAAAUGCAAUAUCUCAAGUAUCAUGCUUGAGAUGGAUCACCUGUUGGAAGUGUUUAUGCAUGUGUUAUAGGUGAGCUUCAAGAGAUAACAACUUUAAUGAGAUGGUUGCGCAUUGUGCACACUUCGGGACACGAGUAAUGAGGAGUAGUAAACUCUUGACCCACUUCACCUCUAAUUCCAGAUCCUUUUCCGCUGCAUCAUUUGCUGGCUUGACCAGCACCAGCACCAGCACCACUCCCUCUGCUAAUAACCACAUAGACCCCGCAAAAGAUGAUGACCAACAACAGCCAUUACAAUCACACAAGAUAGUUGAUACCUUAUACAACCUUAAGAAUCAGCCUCACCUUGCUUUCUCCAUCUUUUCCCACCUCAAAAACCCCGACAUCCCCGCCUAUGCUGCCAUCAUUCGAAUCCUUUGUCAUUGGGGUCUCCACAAGAUGCUCCACUCCAUUUUCCUUCAUCUUCACCAAAAUAAUAAUGACUUUACUUCUUUUGAUAUUUCCCAUUUGCUUGACACACUCUCUCUCCCUCAUCAUAUUGACAUUGAUCUUGAAAAGGAGGACACUGUGAAGCAUCGCUCUUCUUUCUUGAUCCAAGUCUAUGAUGCCUUGGUCAAGUCCUAUGUCACUGCAGGCAUGCUCGAUGAGGCUAUCAAUGCUUUGUUUCAGAUCAAAAGGCGCGGAUUCCUGCCCCAUAUUUUCACCUUUAACUAUCUCAUGAACAAAUUGAUUGCAAAUGGUAAAGUGGAUGCGGCUUUGGCCAUUUACAAGCAGUUGAAGAGUUUGGGUUUGAACCCCAAUGACUACACCUAUUCCAUCAUCAUAAAGGCCUUUUGCAGAAAGGGCAGUUUAGUGGAGGCCUCGAAUGUCUUUCAGGAGAUGGAACUUUGUGGGGUCAUUCCUAAUGCUCACGCUUACACAACUUAUAUUGAAGGACUCUGUGCAAAUCAGAGGUCAGACUUUGGAUAUCAGGUGCUUCAAGCGUGGAAAGAAGGCAACAUUCCUAUUGAUGUGUAUGCUUAUGUGGCUGUAAUUCGUGGAUUUUGUAAUGAGAUGAAAAUGGACCGAGCAGAGGUUGUCUUGGGAGACAUGGAAAAACAAGAGUUGAUUUCUGAUGCGCGUUGCUAUAGUGAAUUGAUUCGUGGAUAUUGCAAGGCUGGGGAUCUUUUGAAAGCCUUGGCACUCCACAAUGACAUGGAAUCAAAAGGUAUCAAAACAAAUUGUGUCAUUGUCAGCACAAUUCUCCAAUACUUUUGUGAGAAGGGAAUGCAUUCCCAAGUGGUUGAAGAAUUUAAAAGAUUUAAGGAUUUAAGAAUUUUUCUAGAUGAGGUUUCAUAUAACAUUGUGGUUGAUGCUUUAUGCAAACUAGAGAAAGUGGAUCAAGCUGUAGCAUUGCUGGAUGAAAUGAAGGGUAAGCAAAUGGAUAUGGACAUCAUACACUACACAACUCUAAUAAAUGGGUAUUGUCACGUAGGAAAGCUGGUUGAUGCAUUUAGGGUAUUUGAGGAAAUGGAAGGAAAGGGUUUGAAGCCAGAUGUUGUCACUUACAACAUACUUCUUUCUGCCUUUUCUAGGAGAGGCCUUGCAAACGAGGCACUUAAGCUCUAUGAAUAUAUGAAUUCACAGGAUCUAAAACCUAAUGCUAUUACACACAAAGUGAUAAUUGAAGGUUUAUGUAUUGGAGGCAAAGUGACUGAAGCUGAAGCAUUUUUCUGUAACAUGGAGGAUAAGAGUAUGGAUAAUUAUGGUGCCAUGAUUACUGGGUACUGUGAGGCUAAACAUACUGAAAAGGCCUCUGAACUUUUCUUUGAACUUUCAGAACAGGGUCUUCUAAUGGAUAGAGGUUAUAUCUAUAAGCUACUUGAAAAACUCUGUGAGGAAGGUGAAAAGGAUAGAGCUCUCUGGUUGCUUAAGACAAUGUUGGAUUUGAAUAUGGAACCUAGCAAAGACAUGUAUGGUAAAGUCAUUACUGCUUGUUAUCGAGCUGGAGAUAUGAGAAAUGCAGAGGCAGUUUUUGACAUUUUACGCAAGAGUGGAUUAACUCCUGACAUUUUUACCUACACGACAAUGAUAAAUGUUUGUUGCAGACAGAAUCGCUUGUCAGAAGCCCGCAAUCUUUUCCAGGAUAUGAAGCACAUAGGAAUUAAGCCUGAUCUAGUUACUUUUACUGUUUUGCUGGAUGGACAUUUAAAGAGGGUACAUUCUGAAGCAUUUGCAAGGAAAAGAAAGGAAGUAAAUUUGGCUGCUUCAAAUAUUUGGAAAGAAAUGCAGAAUACAGAAAUCAGACCAGAUGUUAUUUGUUACACAGCUUUGAUUGAUGGGCAUUGUAAGGUAGACAGACUUGAGGAUGCCAUAGGCCUCUAUGAUGAAAUGAUGUAUAGAGGAGUAGAACCUGAUAGAGCAACAUGCACAGCUCUUCUGUCUGGCUGUCGUAACAGGGGAGAUGUUGAUAUGGUACUUACAAAACUGAACCUUAUUAAUCUUACAUCUGUCAAGGAGAUGUAACCAGAUGACCACACUCAGUAAUGGCUGGAUGAAGCUGUGAAAAGUUUCAGUUUCUUAAGUAAACCACAUCCCUUGCCAGAAAUUUGCUCUAGAAAUACAGUCAACUACUGUUUGCAGAACUGAGCCAACAUUCACUCGACCUAGAUCCUACUUCCAUGCUUAAGUUGAGCUUGGAUAGUUUAUCAAGUGUGAUCUUGAAAAUGAGGAUGGAAAUGAACAUGGCUUUGAAAGAGAUAUGAUGUGAUCUGCAAUGACUUCAUAUGGAAAAGGAAGAUCACUUUGCUUGAAAACCCUGCAAGGUCAAGCUGAGAAUGCAGGAUGUGCAAUUUCCGGGUGGUUUUUUAUUAUUGGCAAGAGAAGUUGAUUUGAACAUUAAAUUACAGACACUACACUAUGGUAAUGUUAAUACGAGUGGGAGAGUUUGAGAGAUGUUGCUUCGAGGAAACGAAGAACAAGAAGAGUUUGCAAAUGGAUUUACACCUUUAUUGGGAUUGUCAAGUUCUUUGUCAAGGUUCUUACCCUCUCCUGACCUGCAUUGCUGCAUUCAUUUUUCUUCUGACCGGUUGGUGAUAGGAUAUGGAUUUGUUAUGUGAUUCCAAUCAUAUGAUUUUUUUCCAUGAUUGCUGUUUGCCACUAUGAACUUCUUUCAUUCACUGAUGAAUUUUGUUGAUAUUAGUCUCUGCUCAGCUGCUGAAUAUUUAUUUCAAAUUGUCCAUGGAGCCCUUCCCCAAUUGUGUUUUGAUCCUAAUUCAUCUCUGCCACCUGCUGAAACCACUGUUCUUGUCCUGGACUAUCUUUACAUGAAACUGGAUCAAGUGUCUUGUGCAAGUUGGUGAGGUAGAAGAGUUCUCAUGCUACUCAAUGUCUGUGGGGAGUAUGCUACCGUAUAUUAAAUGUCUUGAUUCUUGACAUUUUGAAGGAACUCUUGAUGAUCCUUAUGAAGAGGUGAUUUUGGUUCAAACUUUUUGUCAUACACGAAACUCUAUAUUCUAUAAUGGUUUUAUCGAAUUAGUUUCUUGUGCCAAAAAAUCAUGCUCAUUUUAUUUGCAAUCCAUGGAGCAAGAGCUUUUUUAAAUGCAAAUUUCUUUACUGGAGAUCCUAUGAAAGCUUGCCUCCUUAACUCUUUGCUGAUCAUCUUUUUUUUUUGGAAAAUAAUUGCUGGGAUCAAUGUUAUUUACUUGUAAUGAAUAAUUAUACCUCUCUCAA